UUUGAGGCUUCCCCUGCCCCGACUGAUGCCAGGCCAGAUGCAGCGGGUGCUUCUGCUGCUGGUGUUCCUCGCCAACUCCAAGGUCAUGCUCGCCCUAGCCAGGAAGAAGAAGCAAGCAUCCAUGGUGGCUCAUAUUAUUUGCACGGUAAUAUCAAUGCACACGUGAAGUUAACAGCUUGACAUCCUUUUGCACUUAAUGGACAUUUCAGCAAUUAUGGACAGGCCCUUCCCGUACUUGUGAGUGCUGCCAUGUUUGAGAACUGCACGGGUUGUGUUAUGUGCUCCGAAGACAACGGCUGCGUCUCCUGCCAGCAGCGUCUCUUCCUGCUCAUCUGGAGGGAUGGGAUCCGACAGUACGGGGCCUGUGUCCACGCCUGCCCAUUGGGCUACUUCGGGGUGCGAGGCCAGGAAGUCAACCGAUGCAUCAAAUGCCGGUCGCCCAGCUGCGAGAGUUGUUUCAGCAAAGACUUUUGCAUGAAAUGUCAAGAGAGCUUCUACCUGCACAAAGGGAAGUGCUUAAACACCUGUCCUCCUGGCACCAUGGCCUGGCACAGCAGCCGGGAAUGCCAAGAAAACUGCGAGGCAGCCCCCUGGGGCAGCUGGAGCCCCUGCACCAAACAAGGGCGGAUGUGCGGGUACAAGUGGGGUUCAGAGAUCCGAGUCCGGGAGACUCUCCGCAGUGGCAAAGAGGACGUGGCCCUGUGUCCAGCACUGUCCGAGUCCCGGAAGUGUCGGAUGAAGAGACAUUGUCCUGGAGAGAGGAAUGAAAACAAGAGGAGAAGCAAGGAGGAAAGGAAGGCGACGAAGAAGAAGAAAAUAGAUGCCUUCAGGGUCGCCUAAGGAGUUUCAGACUGAGUGGGUUUGUCCUGGAGGAAAUCAGGACCCAAUGAAGUCCAUCAGGGAGCUCCAUCAUUGGCCCAAAAAUAUAUAUUAGGAUGGUUUCUAUCUCUUCCCUUCUGCCUUUCAAAGUUCCCCCUCUUCAGCUCCUCAGUUCUCCUCCAGGUUUCUCCAACAUGAUGGUUGGUGGUGCCUCUUGACCAUCUCUCCAGCAUGGUUGGAGAACAGAAGAUUGGAGAUUGA